AUGACUGAUUGCGGGGCUGCAAAGGAGCCUGUGUUGCCCGCCCACGCGAUGGAGGUAGUGACGGCUCUUGCUGCUGCUCCGGUUCCUGAGACUGAGGUUUUGACUGAUGUGUCCGCGGAGAUGAUGGACAAGGCUGAGUCGGAUAGAGCGUCCAAGUGGGCACGCAGGAAGGAAAAGAUGCUUUGCUAUCGUUGCGGGGACAAAGGUCACUUCAUUGCGGAGUGUGUGGCACGAUUGUGUGAUACUUGUGGUAAGCUGGCACAUGAAUCUGGGGAAUGUUCGUUAUUGCGUGAUCAGGCCCCUUCACUCAAGAUGUAUGGAGUUUACUGUGCUGAGCUCACGUUUUUCGAGUCUCCGACUGAGCACGAGGUGGCUGACGAGUCUCCGAGUAAGACCACGGGGAUUGUCAAGGUCACCAGAGGGGAGGUGUCUGAGGCACAGAUAGUGCAGAGGCUUCGAGAGCUGGCUCCUGGGGAUUUCCAGUGGGACCUUGUCGGUCUUGCUGAUAAGAUGUUCAGGGUCGAGUGCCCGUCUGUGGAGGACCUGCAGCGGUUGCUGAGUUUUGGGAUGUGUAAGGUCCCGGGUACUGAUGGCAUUCUUGAGUUUCAGGAGUGGAAGCUUGUUGAGCCUCAGGGCAUACCGCUUACGCAAGCGUGGCUACGCUUUUCCGGGGCACCUUCCUCCCCACUGCAGGAUGCUCGGGUUGUGGCCAGUUUGGGCAUUCUUGUGGGGAAGCCUGAGCGUGUGGACAUGACGUUCACUAGAGCUCAAGGGAUUGCUCGGGUUUUGGUCAGUAUUCUGAAUGUUGAGUAUGUGCCGGAAGUGGUUAAGUGGGCUUAUCGAGGCAGGAUUUAUAAUCUGGUUAUUGAGUUUGAGGACGAGAGCCUGUUGUAUGCACCGGCUCACGGGUCUGAUGUGGACAUGCAUGAGGGUGACGGUGGCGCGGGUGUGCAGGAACCGCCGGCCGAGGACUCCGGACGACAGCUGUCCAUGGGGCCGGGGUCCGACACCGUGACGACCGGGGAUGGGGCUGCUCAGCCCUCCUCGGUGCCUUCGAAGUCGUUGAGAUUUGGGUCCUUCGAACCUUUUUCUGCACCGCCGAGGUUAUGGAGCGAUCGGGUGGAGUCCGAGGAGGCCUUUGAGCUCGCUUUGCCUGCUUUGGAUUUUCUGGAUGCUGUGGACUCGGGUUCUGGGGAUCUCCGGGUUUCAUCACUUGUGGUCAGGGGGGCGGAGGAGGUGAGUCGGCAGGUGGCCACUCCAUCAUCUGGUCAGCGCGUGCCACCCCCUCAGGAGAUGCCGCAGCUUACAGGGCCUCCUAUGCAGGGAGGAGACAUAGGCCAGGCGGUCUCGGGUUCCUUUUGUGCUGAGGGCAGGGAUGCGGGGCAGGUGUCUCCCGUGUCCUCUGUUUUACUGGGAGGAGGUCUGGGUCAGGAGGACUCGGAUGCUUCUUCUCCCGUGGUGUCUCCUUCUCGGAUGGUGCCGGUUUCACCUUCGGGAGUGGGCUCGGGGCAGGCGGCUUCGGAGCUUUCUCCUAUGGUGGUGCCCUCUCCGGUGCAGGUUGGGGAGCCAGGACGGGCGGUCCUGGCUAUGUCUCCACCACCAUCGGCGAUGGCCUCGUCUGGUGGGGCGCGCCAGGCGUCCCUUCCUUUUGGUUUCACUGUGGGGCGGCCCAUGCAGGGUGCUCGGACGGCGGGUUGGGGUGAGGCAGGAGGCCGCACCCCAUCCGCGAUCUCUCGGGAGGAGGUCAUUGCGUUCGGCGGGAUCCAGGAUCCCUUGUCUAAGGGGCGCCGGGUGAGUGACCGUCUCCAGGCACAUCCGGAUGUGGACGAUAUCCAGCAACGGUGCGCCAUGAGGGCGGCCAAGCUUCGUGAGGUCGAGGUUUCUACUGACCUAGAGGCUGAGCGGGCCUUAGAGAUGAUUCGCGAUAUUGCAGCUGUUAAACCCAUGUGUGAUUCGGAGGUUCAUGCGCUUGGGGUCAGGGCGCUUGAAAUUUUUUGUGCGGAUCUUUUGCCUUCUAGUUCUGAGGCGGGGGUAGAGGAGGUCUCUACUGAGAUAGGUUUGGCAAGCCCCUCUGACACUGGGUAUGAGGACCAGUUGCAGAAUCAAGCUAUCCCAAAGCGCAAUUGGAAACGGAAGCCCGAGCUCAAGCCCGAUUUCUUGGCUGAUCUAGUUCGGAUGUGUGGUUCCGAGCAGCUGUCGUACCUGGUGGGGGGUGAUUUCAAUAUUAUUAGAAGGCGUGAGGAUAAGAACAAUGAUAACUUCGACGGCAGAUGGUCGUUCAUGUUCAAUACUAUCAUUGAGAGUUUGAACCUGAGAGAAAUUGAGCUCUCGGGCAGAAAAUUCACCUGGGCUAAUGCGCUGCCAAAUCCGACGUAUGAGAAGUUGGACCGUGUGUUGGCUAGUGUCGAUUGGGAACAGAAGUUUCCUCUAGUAACAGUCCAGGCCUUAUCCCGUGGUAUUUCUGAUCACACGCCGCUUUUUGUGGAAUCUGGUCAGCCCUCCCAUUUGGGGAACAAGAAUGUGUUCUCCUUUGAGAUGGCUUGGUUUGAACGUGAAGGCUUCUUUGAUCUUGUAGCUAGAGAGUGGGCUAAGGAUUCAGGAGGAAUCACUGCGCUUCAGCGCUGGCAGAAUAAGAUCAGGCACUUGAGGAGUGUCCUGCGUGGAUGGGCUAAGCAUCUUAGCGGGAUUUAUAAGGUUGAAAAGGAAAGGCUUCUGUCACUUAUUCAGUCCCUAGAUGUAAAGGCAGAAACCACGCUUCUGCCUGUCGCGGAGCUUCAAACUAAGCUGGACGCGGAAUUGAGGCUGAAAGAACUUCUUAGGGAAGAAGAGUUGAAGUGGGCGUUGCGGGCCAAGGUAUGGAGAGUCGUCCAGGGGGACGCGAACACUGAAUUUUUUCACAUGAUUGCUAAUGGUAAGCAUCGAAAGAAGAGGAUCUUUCAGCUUGAGCAAGAUGAGGGAACAAUUGUAGGACAGGAGAACCUAAAAUUGUACAUUACUGAGUUCUAUAAGCAGUUGUUUGGUCCUCCAGCAAAUACCUGUGUGUCUCUGGAUGAGUCCAGGGUUGAGGAUGUUCCUCAGCUCACAGUUGUUGAGAAUGAAGUUCUUACGGCUCCUUUUACCGAGAAAGAGGUAUUUGAGGCCGUUUCACAGAUGGAAACUAACAAAGCGCCGGGCCCAGAUGGAUUUCCAGCGGAGUUUUAUAAGAAAUGCUGGUGUAUCAUUAAAGGUGAUUUGUUGCCUUCGUUCAAUGAUCUGUUUGCUGGGCAGCUUCAUCUUUUUCAGCUAAAUUUUGGAACGAUCACACUUCUUCCGAAGAAAACAGAGGCUGUCGGGACCAAUAGGCUCUCACAGAUCGCGCAUGUUGUUGUGCAUCCUACCCAAACUGCUUUCAUGCCGGAUAGGAACAUCCUUGAGGGUGUUGUGGUCCUACAUGAAACGCUCCAUGAAAUCCACACGAAAAAGCUGGAUGGGACACACAAAGGCCUGAGGCAAGGAGACCCAAUGUCCCCUAUAUUGUUCAACAUUGUAGUUGAUAUGUUGGCCAUUCUCAUAGGCAGGGCAAAGAACGCCGGUCAGAUACUUCGUAACAAGUAUCUGCAAUCCAAAACCUUGUCACAGGUGACAAUGAGACCAACUGAUUCGCCAUUUUGGAAGGGGCUUAUGAGAGUUAAGUCAACCUUCUUUAAUAGAACAAAGUUUAUAGUCGGAGAUGGUAACGAUACUCGCUUCUGGGAGGACACUUGGCUUGGUGAGACACCUUUGGCAUUACAGUACCCAUCUCUGUAUCGUAUUGUGAAUCAUCGUGAUGCGCUUGUGGCGAUGAUUAUGCAGGCCACCCCUCUUAAUAUUCAGUUUAGGAGGGUGCUUGUUGGUAAUAGAUAG